AUGUGCAGCUUGGUGUCGACAUGCCCUCGCAGGGUGCGCCGGUCUGUCCGAAGCUUGAGAUUUUCAAAGACAAAGCUACAAGCCGUUUGUGUCGCGGAGUCUGCCCAGGCAGAUGCACAGGCAGCAGCAAAUGAAGUGUUGGCAGCUGCUGGGCCGAGAGGGCCCGGGCCUGGAUUCGCUGUGGUCCUCAUUCCACGCAGGCUAUCUGCCGGUGCGCCGGGCAUUGUUCAGCACAUAGGCUCCAGUCUUGGUGCGGCAGUGUCAGUUGUGGCAUGCACAUCGGGUGGCCCGACGUUGCAACUGGGUGUUAUGGAUGUGCAACCUGGUCUUGUUGCGGAAGGCUUUUCUUUGACUCCUGAUACCGUAGAUGCGGAUCUACAGAAGCUGGGUGGUUCACCCGGCUCUGUUUUCUUGCUGGGCGAUCCUGCUAUCUCGGCACCCGGCUUGGCCCGAACACUUGGGACCGUCGACAAGAAGUGGCCAGCGUCUGUGAAGUCAGGGAUGAUGGCAGCUCCACCAGAACAGCCCGGAGGGCCAGCCGUCUGGAUUAAUGGCAAAGCCGUUCCUGGGGGAUUUGUAGGGCUUCUGCUGCCCGGCCCUGCCUCAGCCAUGGUUGAUCUCCUCGGCUGUGUGCCGGUAGGAGGAGAAUUGGAAAUAUUCGAAGCAGAUGUGCAGCGUGGAAAGCCGCCAGCACUUCUGCAGAUAGGCACGGAUCAGGAGGGGGAUUACCGAGACGUUGCCGAAACCGAGAAGGGCACCGCUGGAAUUCCCCGACGGGUAGGAAUCAUGGCCGCGCAGGCUCUCAAAAGCGUCAUGGAAGAAAACAAGCUCGGAGGGCCAAAAGAGAUGCUCCUGGGCUUGUCGCGGCCUACAAAUAGCCCAACCAGCCCAACAGGCAACCUGGCAGCGGCUUGGUCACUCUUCAAUUGGGUUGGCGUUUCCAAGUCGGGUGCGGCAAUGCUCGCCGGCGGUGAUCCCGUCGCAGAAGGUUUGAUGCCGACUGGAGCCUUGCGCAUGUGCCAGUGCUUUCGGGUGGCCCCGGCCAGUGCAACCUGGCAGCGUUUGUUAUCCCAGCGCCAAGGACCAGCACGAAUGGCAUUGGCACUGGCAGGUGGCAGAGGUAUAGCCCCAAAAGAAGGUGCGUCCGUGGUGGCUGCUGGUGGUACACCAGCACUUGGGGGUCUUGGCAUGUCCGUCAUUGGAAGUGCCGCUCCUGGUGCCCCUCUUGCGAUCCACAGGCAGGCGGCUCUGCUCGCACACAACAUUGACGACGUUUGCAUUGAAUCACUCAGCGUCAAGUUGAAUCGGCAGAGGCUGGAUCAAUCCUUCGGCAACCUUACGAGGCUCGGCAACGAGGUCGACCGUGUCAAGCGCGAGGAUGCUUCUCGUCUUCAGGAGGAGUACAAGCGCUUGGUGCAGGGAUUGAGACAAGCUGGCCAGAUCGAUGAAGCGAUGGCCGACCAGUUGCAGAGCCCAGUCCUUCCUGAAGAUUUGGUUAGCGAGGCCAUCCCAGGGAACAUCCGUCGUGCGGAGCACUUCAUCGCAUUGUUGCGACGCUUGGUGAAUUUCUUCCGGCGCUACCUUCACGUGGACCGAGCUCAGUGCGAGGGCCCCCUAUCCGUGACGCAUAAGAUGGAGGAAGAUGCCGAGGUGGAUUCCAAGUCGUUAAAGUUCUGCCACGAGCGCCUAAGGUCUUUGCUUAACACGCUGCAAGUGGCAAACUUGGACGAGUUCACGCCUAUCACAAAAGUGGCUGACUUCGUCACCUUGCUUGGGACAUAUUCCCAGGGCUUUAGCAUCAUUGUCGACCCAUAUCCCGAAGCACAAGGCAUUUACGACCCUACAUUGAUCCUUCGCUGCUUGGAUGCUUCAAUCGCUAUCCGGCCGGUCCUUAAGCGAUACCAGUCGGUGGUGCUGACGUCCGGUACAAUCUCUCCGUUGGAGAUGUACCCAAAGAUUCUCGGCAUGUCGAACGUGGUGGCGACUGAGUCUUUCUCCAUCACCAUGGAAAGGAAAUGCCUGUGCCCACUGAUUGUGACACAUGGUGUGGACCAGGUGCCGAUCUCCUCUCGCUUCAGCAUGCGAGAGGAUCCCAGUGUCGUGAUGGCCUAUGGCACCUUGCUGGAGGAGCUGGUCAAGACGGUACCCGAUGGGGUAGUGUGUUUCUUCACGUCUUAUCGCUACUUGGAGCAAGUUCUGGAGAAGUGGUAUGAAACAGGCGUAAUCUCACGGGUGCUGAAGCACAAGCUGGUUUUCAUUGAGACCGUGGAUGUUGUUGCUACCACGUAUGCUCUCAAUCUCUAUCGGCAGGCCUGUGACUCUGGGCAAGGAGCUGUCUUUCUCAGCGUUGCGCGCGGGAAGGUGGCGGAGGGCAUUGACUUUGAUCGGCACUAUGGACGAUGUGUCGUUCUGUUUGGAGUGCCCUUUCAAUACACGUUGUCGCGAGAACUGCGGGCGAGGCUGGAAUUUCUCCGACAGCACUACGACAUCAAGGAGUCCGAGUUCCUCAACUUCGAUGCCAUGAGGCAAGCCUCUCAAUGCCUUGGACGCGUCAUCCGUUCCAAGCGAGACUACGGAGUCAUGAUCUUUGCUGAUCAAAGAUAUGCUCGGAGGGACAAGCGAUCCAAGAUCCCUGACUGGAUCCGGAACUUCCUCGAUCCAGGCCAUGUAGCCAUGGCCAUUGAUGUCGCAGUCGAGGCUGCGCAGAAUUUCUUGCUACAAAUGUCUCAGCCAUACGAAGAGAAGCGAGGCAUCGGAGCGUCUGUCCUGAGUCCAGAAGCCCUUAAGGAGAUGCAAGCGGAAGAGGUGCGCAGCCUCCAAAGCACAGAGGCCAAGAAAACGGGAGCACUUGGUGAGAGCGCGGCUUCCAAGGAGGACGAGCCGCCCGAGAAGCGAUCUCGGCUUCGGAUGUCAGAGUGA